AUGGCGGAUUUAGAGAGCCCAAAUGUGAUGCCAAAACUCAUCACCUUCCUCUCUUCUCUCCUCCAAAGGGUAGCUGAAUCGAACGAUCUCAACCGUCGAUUCCAAACCCAGAAAAUCUCUGUCUUUCAUGGCCUUACAAGGCCAACUAUCUCAAUUCAGAGCUACCUGGACAGAAUUUUCAAGUAUGCAAAUUGUAGCCCUUCAUGCUUCAUUGUUGCGUAUGUUUAUCUUGAUCGGUUCACUCAACGACAACCCGCGUUGCCAAUUAAUUCCUUCAAUGUUCAUCGGUUGCUCAUCACUAGUGUCAUGGUUGCUGCAAAAUUCAUGGAUGAUAU